AUGGCAUACGCGCAGACGGCGCAUUCCAAGGGCGCAGCCUCUGCUCCUCCCCUUCAGUCGGCCCCACAGCGCCAACUGCGCACUCGGCCGGUCGAUGGCUCUAAACCCUUAUUUAUUGUUAGAUCAGCGAAGGACCUUGAAGUGCUUGCUGAGGAGGAAGGAGUGCGCAUUGACCCUGUUUCUUUGGGUUUCAUAUCUUCGUCUCAGUUUGUGGAUGAAGGGUCGCAUGCAGCACCGAAAAAGCAACGAGUGCAAUCUAUUGCGGUGCCUCCAAUACAGAGAGAAAAAAGACAAAUACAAUUAACUGACUUCGUGCAGCCGGAAUAUUAUAUCAGAUCAGAGAUACACCGAGACGUGGUGAACGGCUUGCGUCUGUCUGACGGCAGCGUAGUGCACUACGACAUGCUUGAGGAGGACGAAGAGUUCAUAGACAAAUUGAAUGCAAAAGUAAAUAGGAAUAACUUGCUGCUUCCAAAACCCAUUUAUAUGCAAGCAGACCCCGGGGCGGUGCCUCCUAAACAAGCGGAUACAUCACUAGCGCAGCCAGCAGCAGCGGGAGCAGCAGCCUCUGCGGGAGGCGGUGCAGACUCGUCAAACCUUGAAAAAACCGAGCAACAGCAGCAGCAGGACCCGCAGCAGCAACAGCCUGGUGGUGCUGCUGCACCUACUUCGGGCCCUUUUCGCCUUGUCUUGGACCCUAUUUGUCUGUCCAACCGGUCAUUAUUUUUGUCGGACUUAUCCUUUGUCAAACUAAUGGACGCUUUAGAAAAGGAAGCGCAUGCACGGGGAGGGAGCGAGUUGUCGGUCACUGCUGAUGAUGCCGCCAGGAUCGCCACACAUCAGCUGCAGCUGGGAUUGCAUGCAGUCAUUUCUAGACAAGUGCAUGCGCACUGGCAGCGGCGCCGCCAGCGUUUGCAGAAGCCGCUGUUGCGCCACCUGUGGCCUCAGUCGUCACCGGGGGAUACUUCACCACUAGCGGUGUUCAGGCCUAGGGUGGGCCGUGAAAAGAUGACCUUAAGGAAGCAGAAAAGGGUCGGCAGGGAUUCGCUAUUGAGGGCCGAGAAGCUCCUCGAUGAUUGCAGGCUUGUCGAGAAGGUCUUGCGCCGCAUGAGGACUCGCGACGAAAAGAAGGAACAUCUGUUAGAGGUCCGGAGUCUGAUGUUCGAGCAGCAGCGGUUUGAGUUAACCGACCCUCUUUAUUCUCAUCCCCUUUGGCCGCAGCUGAGAGAUAAAAUUAAGGCAGCAGGAGCCCGCAGGGCUGACAAAAGGAACGAGAGAAAGGCUCUGUCCCAGGGUAUUGCGGCUGCUGCAGCUGCAGCAGCUUGUCCGCCCUCUGCGGUGCACGCUGGGGCUGGUACUGUGGCGGGCGGCCCACCUGCAGCAGCAGCGGCAGCUGGGGGACGGCAGCUGGCACUCACCAGCAGCCCCGCAGGGCUUCACUUGAGACGGUUUGGGAGGCGAGAUAAAUUGGGGAGACAGAUAGCAAGCAGCAGUCCCUCCAUUAUCCUUAGGCCUAAAGCCAACAGACACUGGAAGCUGCCUUCGCACUUCUUUAUCGGUGCCUCUCCAUUGCCUCCGUCUCUGGUCCCUGUCACUACGCCGUUGCUGUUUGCUGCUGCUGCAGCGCAGCAGCAGGCAGCUGCAGCAACGGCAGGAGCCGCGGCACCACAGACGGAUAGUGGCUCUGCGCAGGAGGAUGAGGGACCUCAGGGGCCCCCUAAAUGCCGUUUCACCUUCAUUAGGCGCAGAGGGAGGGGAGGCCGCCUCUGGAUCGACAGACUGCCGUACAGCCCUCAGCAGCAGCAGCAACUACACCAUGCACAGCAUCAGGGAGGAGGCAAGCGGGCUCCUCGCCCUUGGGUAAACGGACCAGAUACCUUAGGAGCUUCCUCUGGGGGUUCAUUUAACCCGUUUGAGUACCAAGGGGAAGGCGAGGGGGCCAUUGGGGGCCCACCAGAGGGGGCAUCAUCUUGCGGGACCCCUCAGGAGGCUUUCGGGGCCGCUGGGGACACAGCGGAGGGCACUUGGGAGUGCGAAAGGGAAGACAGCGACUUCGAACCACCAUUUGCUUCUGCAUCUGGGGCUGUGGACCCUGCCAAUUGCGGUGGGUUUCAUCUAUUCUCAAUCCACAUGUAUCUGCAGCAGCAGCAGCAGCAGCAGCUGUGUUUUGAGGGCCCGUCAGCUGCAGCGGACUGGGCGGGCUCUGAGGUUGAGUGGCAGCUGCUAGAACAACAAUCCGGGGCAACAGCAGCGGAGCGGCAGCAGCAGCAGCAGGAGCUGCGAGCAGCAGCUGAAGCAGCAAGAGAUAAACGCAAUCGCCUCAGCCCCUCACACGAAGAAGCAACAGAAAUGGCGGCAGCUUUCUCAGAGUGGAUGCAGGUGAUCACAGACCAGGGUCAAUCAGGGGCUGAAGCAGCCGCAGUAGCGGUGCCUGCAGCAGAUGAAGCUGCUGCUGGUGCAGGAGACAACAGCACCAAGUCAGAAGCAGCAGCAGGAGACGGAUUUCUCUCCACAGGAUCACGAGAGAUUCAACAGCAGCAGGCAGUCUGCGCUGGACCCAUCACCCAGCGUGGGGGUGCGCCGCAGUGGUAG